AUGACGCUAACGAGUCGGCAGAGUGGAGCGGACGAAAAUUUCGCCGGCUACUCUCUCUUUGCAGCUGACUCAUUGAUGGAAGCCGACCCUGCAUGGCCAGCAUCCACGCUGUCGGAACCGGAACGACAAGCCGCCUUCCGCGACGCGCUGAAGAAGUCGGAUAUCUUCCGAUUCGGUGAAGUGCCUAAGAACGUUUCUCCGUCAACAAAACGUAUGCUGGCUAACACCAAUAUCGCCCCCACUCUCUGCACACACACUCCACUUCCAUUCGCGUCAUGGACGGACAAGUUUGCCGUCAACGACCAAGAGACCACCAUUGCAGAAAGCUUCAACGGGCGAGUUCUCAACGACAUGCAGAACAAAUGGCACCCACUCCACACAUCGGAGUAUAUCUGGAGCAAGACCAUUUUCACAAACUUGAUUCUUCGGUACUUAGGCGACAAUGUCGACAUGGUUGACCAUGUGGAGAGCCGAAUCGCAUACCUCGAUAAUCGCGUCUCUGAGUACGCGAAUAGCAUCCCGCCUAGUCUCAAAAUGCGAUAUGACCCUGCAACCAAAACUCUUCGCGAGAAACACAUCCUCCGCGAGGCGUUGAAACCAUUCAUCACCGAGGAGAUAUAUAGCCGCCGUAAACACCCGUACAUGGGUCCUAUCAAAUACACGGCGAACGGGCCUUUUCACCAAGUCAUCAAGAGGUUGGUGACCAAGGAGAAUGUUGAGCAGCUGGGAUUCAUCGAUUGGAGCAGGGUCGACGGGCUGGCCGAGAAGGCGUUUGUGAAGCAUGAACAUCUUGCGUACUUGACGGUUUUGAGUGUAGCACAAUUUAUUGUCUUCUCCCAGAGGUUUGGGGUACAGCGGGCGGAGUCUCUGUAG